AUGUUUCCUAAAGCAGCUCCAACUGAACCAACGCGAACAACUAUUCCAUCAGCAGCUCCCGUUUCAAAUUGGAGUGUAGCUUUAUAUCGAAAAGCUGAACCUAUUCUACCAUUAAAUCCUUCAGACGUAUCUCAAACACCAGCUCCACAACAAACAAAUGGUUCAUUUUAUGUUCAACUUCAACAACAAGCGACUUCAUCAUCACCAAGUCGUUCCGAUGUACUUUAUUUUCGAUAUCAAGCACAACAACAAAAAAAUAGUGCGAAUUCAUAUACACUCCCAUUUACUAUAAGUCAGUUGAGUAAUAUGAAUUUAUUGCCUGAUACAGCAGUAAUUUCAUCAACAUCACCAAGAUUUUCUGGUUUAGAACAACAAUCAGGUUUGAAUGAUUCAUCAGACAAUCCACCAACGUUACUUCUUCGUGCAAAAGCUUUUCUUGGUGUUUUGGUAUUAAACAGUUCAGCAAACAGUAUUACUGCAAAUACUGCUGGUAUUAUUCGACCAUUUAUGAUAUUUGUAACUGAAGAAGUAUUUAUUGGACAAAUAUUUGAUGCAUAUAUUUUUCGUAUUUCACAAGUAGCAACUAUUUCCUUGCGGGAUAAUCCAGAAGAUGAAAUUUUCGUAUCUGGAAUAAAAAAAUUAUUUCAAGGACGUUGUUUUUAUUAUGCAACAUUUUUCAAUCCAGAAUUGAAUAAUAAUAAACGUUAUUUUAAUAAGCCAUAUGAUAUAACAUUAUGUGCUCAAAGAAUGGUUCAAGGGCAGGAUUCAGAUAUUCGAUUUUUUUGUUUUCAAAUUAGUCGAAAAAAAAUGAUUCAAAAUGAUUUAAAAAAGUAUGGACCUCUUCGUUUAUUUAGUUCAAGUGAGAAAAUAUUUAAUAAUAAUCAUGUAUUACCAAGUAAUUUUUUAUUUACUUUAGAUCAGCCUGAUACACAACGAAUUCUAAAUUUAGAAGAUGCUAAAAGCAAGAUAACUAUAUAUCAAUUAAAGAAAUCUCAAUUUAUUUUUACUAUUGCUGAAAGACACCCGAAUGUUUUUCUUCCUAUUCCAAUGCCUCAUACGUCCGUUGAGUCUGAAAUAAUGAUUGAUACAGGAAAUGAUGGGCGAGAUUUAUCAAUGAACUCUUUAAGGGGUAAAUCGAAUAACCCGAUUAAAUGUAUACCACAAAAAGGAGAUUGGCAAGGUGGUGAUGAAAUAGUAAUUAUAAUGUCCAAGCCAAUCAAACGAAAAGUCUGUAGUAUUUGUUUCGAUUUUGGUCUACUUGGAAGACACGCUGUUCAGGAAAUAACACAUAUUGAUACAAAAAUAAUUCUAUUUCAAACACCAUCAUAUCCAAUACCACCAGGAGAUGAAAACAUUAAAGUAUCAGUUGAUAUUAUAGAAAAUAAUUUACUUUUAUCUUCAAUUGAUUUUUAUUAUAUGACACCAAUAAAAACAACAAUCAAUCUAUGUACAUAUUGUCACAGUAAUAUGAACGUUAACCAUACAAGUAAUAAAAGAACCCGUACAUAUGCUGAACAUUUUGAAAAUGAUAGUGGAGAAAGUCUUGUUUCACAAAUGCAACACUUAUCAAUAAAAAAGGAAACAAAGCCAUCUCAUAUUCAAGCUUCAUCAGAUGAAAAAACUGAAAAACUUGAUAAAUAUCUGAAUCAGCUAAAAGUUGCUUUAGGUAAAUUUAUUCGUACGAAUGAUCCUUCUCGAUUGUUCCGUCGAACACGUAUUUUAUUAUCUCAAUGUGAUGAAAAUCCACCUCUAUUAAAUGAUGCUAUUCAACGUGGACAUACACAAAUAGCAUUAGCACUUAUUGAACAAGUUCUUGAUAUGAGUUCAUCACAAGGAUUAUUAGAAAAAGAAAAUGAAAAUGGUGAAACACCAUUAUUAAUUGCAGCUAAAUGUAAUCAAUGGAAAUUAAUUGAACCUAUUAUCAAAAAUCGAUCUGAUCUUGUUAAACACAAAGAUAAAAAUGGAAAUAAUUUAUUACAUUUACUUGCAAAUUUACAUGAUGAUGAAGGUGCAGAAGUGAUUAAAAGUAUUUUUAAAAUCUUACCUAAUGAAAUAAAAACAAAUCUGUUGACGGAAAAAAAUAAAAAUAAUCAACGACCAAUUGAUAUUGCACAAUCUCAUGGCAAUCCUUUUUCUUGUGAGCUUUUAAUUGAAAGUGAACAAUAA